CAUUCUUGCCACACGCGGUUCCUGCCAGCUGUGGAGAAACGUGGAUUAAAAUCAAAUAUUUGUCGCUAAAACCAUCAAAAUGGCUAAUCCUGAGGGCCAAAACAAUCUACCAGAUUCUUGGGAAACCCAGGAUGAUGGCACACUUGGCGAUCAGGACUCUGGGUGCAACACAAAGUCGAGUUUCGCCUCCCUGAAUGUCGAUGCCCCUGCCUUCGUUCCAGGACAAAAUAUCCAUGCAAAGGAAUUUGUGCCUUGUUGGGGGCCGCAAUCCGAUUCCGGUGCAGUCAAGGAUGCUGCUGGUGAAACUGAAACUAAGGAGAUGAAGGACUCUUCACCAGGUCAUGCGAUGAACAACAGGGGAGAUGAAGAACCUCCACCUCCAGAUGAUUGGUCUGCAGAAAAUGGCAAUGAUAAUGAGGAAAAGAGUGGCAGUAGUGCAGAUAGCACAAGUCCUACAGGUACCCCUGCAAGUGCUAGUGUUGAAAAUUCUGACCCAGACGAGGAGGAUGAGGACAGUGCCGAAGCAAGACCAGUGAGACGCAAGAAGGACCCUUCAGUAUGUGAAGAGAAACCAAAGGAACAUGUCAACAUUGUCUUCAUUGGUCAUGUAGAUGCAGGCAAGUCUACAAUUGGUGGACACAUAAUGCAUCUAACUGGUAUGGUUGACAAAAGAACAUUAGAAAAGUAUGAAAAGGAAGCCAAAGAGAAGAACAGAGAGACGUGGUACCUUUCAUGGGCUUUGGACACUAAUUCUGAAGAACGAGACAAGGGCAAGACCGUGGAAGUGGGGAGAGCUUACUUUGAAACAGAGACCAAACAUUUCACAAUCCUAGAUGCCCCUGGUCACAAGAGUUUUGUUCCAAAUAUGAUCGGUGGUGCAUCACAAGCUGAUUUAGCUGUAUUAGUUAUUUCUGCCCGUCGGGGAGAAUUCGAAACGGGCUUUGAACGAGGAGGACAAACUCGUGAGCAUGCAAUGUUAGCCAAGACAGCUGGAGUGCGACAACUUAUUGUUUUAAUUAAUAAAAUGGACGACCCUACUGUCUUAUGGGACGAAGCUAGAUACAAUCAUUGUGUAGACAAAUUAAAGCCAUAUUUACGCAAAAUUGGCUUUAAUCCCAAAACAGAUAUCUACUUCAUGCCUGUAUCAGGCUACACAGGGGCCUUCCUGAAAAACCCGCCAACAGACAACUGUUGUCCGUGGUACACGGGACCAUCACUGAUUCAAUAUUUAGAAGAUCUUCCCAAAUUGACAAGAUCCUCAGAUGGUCCGCUUAGAAUCCCAAUUGUAGACAGAUACAAGGAUAUGGGAACCAUAAUUUUGGGCAAAGUGGAAUCAGGAAGUGUGUCUCAAGGUCAAAAACUUCUGAUGAUGCCAAACAGAACACCGGUUGAAGUUAUGCAGUUGUGGUCUGAUGAGGAAGAAAAAGACAUUUGCUUAUGCGGAGAAAAUAUCAAAGUUAAAUUAAAAAAUGUGGAAGAGGAAGAUGUGUCCCCAGGCUUCGUGCUGUGUGAUCCAAGCAAUGUGUGUACUACUGUGAAGACCUUUGAUGCUCAGAUCUUCGUCAUUGAGCACAAGUCCAUUAUAUGUGCUGGUUACAAUGCAGUAAUGCAUAUACAUGCAUGUGCAGAAGAAGUCCGACUCGAUCGUUUACUCUUUCUGAUAGAUAAGAAGACAGGCGCCAAGACCAAGGCCCCUAGAUAUAUCAAACAGGAUCAGAUUGCUGUUGGUCGAUUUCAUGUCACUGGAGGCCAUCUCUGUAUGGAAAAAUUCACAGAUUUUGACCAGAUGGGACGAUUUACCCUUCGAGAUGAAGGUAAAACAGUGGCGGCAGGCAAGGUGGUGAAACUUGUUGAUUACAGGCAGUAAUGGUUGAGAAAUUUGCCCUCUAUGCUCUGAAAUGUGAGCAUGAAGGCCUAUGUAUAACCUAUGGUUAAACGUGUUGAGAUGUUGUAUGCAUCUUCGAUGAACUGUUCAUUGCACUCUGUUCUCAGCCACAGAACUGAUAACUUUGUAUGUAGAUAUCUUAUGUUUGUUUCUGCUGGAAAAAUGGUACUAUCGGCACACUGGUGAAAUCAUUCCGGGCUGUGAUUUAGGCCUGGUCUGAAAUUGCAUAGGGAAGAGCAUUUAUUUCAUCCAAUAAAUUGGAGAAAUAUUGCACAUGUGACAAAGUCUGACUUAAAAUUGGCUUUACCCAGUUUGCAACCCGAUGUAGGUUGAAAGUUUUAUUUCCUGUCAAUUAUUCUUCUCGUACUAAUCAUGUCUGAAAAUCUGGCACGCAAAGCAGUCCGAUUUAUGUAUAUAUUAACAAGUUACUUAGGACUUGCUGUGCUCAUUGUUUCAGUGAUGCAGACUAUUUUAACAUGUUAAAUGAUAUUGAUAAAGAAGCGAAUUAAUAAAUACAUUGAUGCUAGAAUAGAAAUAGUAUAAUGAGAAAAAAUUGUGUUACAUGUAAAGGGUACGGUAACAUUGAUGAAUCAUGUUUGGCCCAAACAACCGGGAAUGUCUGCUCCCAAAUAUAGUGUUUUACCAAUCUCCCUUAGAAGAAGGAUCAAACUUGGAAAAGUGAUAAACCUUGUGAUAUGGACCUACGUACAUGUACACAACAUAACUUAGCUAUAGGCACCUGUACAUGCUGCUGCCCAGAGAGUUAGGGUUCAUAUAUAUAGUAACUCUCAAUCACAGAAAAAAGGAUUGAAAAAUUGUAAAUACACAUUCACAUUAGAUUUUAGGUCAGUGCGAAGGAGUAACUUAUCGGAGAAGGUUGAUUAAUUUGUAAUGCAAUGAAUGUCUAUCUUAAGAUAAGUGUCAUAUGUAGUUAUCAUAGAGUGGGAGAAUGUUGAAAUUGAUAAGGCAGGGCUGCCAUCCCAUCAGUACUUUCCGCACUUGGUCCUGAAAUUUGUCAAAUUUGCCAAAAAAAACGACCGCGUAGAUGUUUGGAAGCCCUGAUAAAGUGCUUUCUACAUAAAAAAAUUGAUCAAAAGAUAAUGGUGGCUUACAUGUAGGACAUACUUGUGUGUUGAACUUGAAGUGGUCAGAAUGGCAGGCAGUGAUCUGAUUUUGUCUUUGACAGUGCUUGUGUUGAUUUAUCCACUGCUUUCAGAGAUCAUAAUUGCUCUGUCCCACUCAGGAAAUUUCUGGUCUAGAUACGAUUGUUUCUUUGGUUUCUUGUUUCAAGUGGGGUUCUUUAUUGUGUUCCAAAUUAAAAUGAAAUUAGCUUGAUGGAGAUUUUGAACUUUAUAUAUUGUGAGAAUCAAUCGGUGUGCUGAUAGUCACCAUUUUGGUUAUCUUUUCUGCGGUGUUGGGCAUUCCUGCUCUGUGCUUCCAAAACAGGAGCCGUCUAGUUCAGCACACAUGUAACAGUGGAUGUUCUUGAAUCUUUUGUUUAGCUUGAAACAGGCAAUGUAUACAUUGUAAUAAUGUUAUCAAUUAUGAUAGUUACUUACUUGGCUUAAGCCAUUUUUUUCUGAUUUUGAACCUUGGCAGUGCUGGGUCAAAACUGGUAAAUGAUUAUGGGAUUAUGCUAUCUCUGUUAUGUGCACACAUUGGAGAUACAUUUGAGUUCUACCAUCUCUGUCAUUUGCUCCCCUUUGGGAUGCAUGUGAGACUGGCUUUAUCUUGAGUUCACGUUCAAGAUUGUAUUCAUGCUCAAUAUCAUCAUGUCUAGGUCAUGUGCUCACAUCCGAGAUGAGCUGUAUUGACUUAUAAUGUCGCAUUUUGAAUGGUUAGGGGCAGGGUUGUAGGACUUUUUCUACUUGUGAUUUUGUGGCUGAGAACAAUGUAGUGUCCAUGUGUUGAUUUGGAGGGAGGCUCCACACCUAUAUUGAAUGUUGGCUUCUGUGACCUCUUGCGUCAUUUUGUAUACUGGUAAUUAUGGAGGUAUUGAUGAACCUUGCUUAUGUCCAAGAUCAUUCACAGCUAUCUUUAAUUAUUGACAUAAAUAAAGGUAUUAUUUGAUACAGGAAAAA